AUGAAUCAUUGGCACAAAGCCCCCAUUGAAGAAGAAAACAGAGCUAUUCAAGAGAUGGAGAAGAAUUUAGAGCACUUGGAAGAGAACUACGAAGGCCAAAGGAUUGACAUUCAGAAAGGAGGUGGUGAACGACUAGGCCAAAUGCUGAUGAGAGGUCUUGAGCGAAGACGAGGGCCGGGGCGGGCGGGGGGGAGAUGGGGCGGCGGUGGCGGCGGCGGCGGCUGCAGGAGGCGGGCGCGGACGAACCGGCGGCCGCAGCAGCAGCAGCGGCAGUCCCCGGAGUCCUGUGAAGCGCCGCUGCCCGCGCAGCUGUCGGCCCCGCGGAGGGCGCGAACGGAACGCGAGCCGCCGAGCGCCACAGCCCUUAGGACUCUCGCUCCCAUCCUCGCUCUCCUGCUCCGACUCCUCCAUCUUGGCCUCGGCAGUGGCGGCUGCCGGGAGGAUGUGCCGCCUUCUGGCAGGGGGAAGAAGGAGGAGAAGAUGAAGAAGUACCGGCGGGCCUUGGCCCUGGUCUCCUGCCUCUCUCUGUGCUCCUUGGUCUGGCUUCCCAGUUGGCGUGUAUGUUGUAAAGAGAGUUCUUCAGCUUCGGCGUCAUCAUAUUACUCUCAAGAUGACAAUUGUGCGCUAGAAAAUGAAGAUGUACAAUUCCAGAAAAAGGUACCUUAAAUAAAGUUGACAUUAUAAUGCCUGUGACAGCUUUCUAAGACUAUCUCAAAACAUUAAGAAUAAAAGUAAUUUUAGAAAUUCUAUGCCGUAAUUUGUGUUGGAGAUUUGUAUUUUUUCUUUCUGUGAUCUUAGGAGUUACUCUGGUAAUUCUGACAUUAAGAUAACUCAGAAGUAUUUAUGUAUUUAUUUUUGUUGCUUGUACUUGAAAUUUUAUAACAUCCUUAGUCCAGUAGUGAGGAGAAAAAUAGUGCUCUUUUUAAAAUGAUCUAAAAUAAAACACUUAAAGGGCUUCUAAGAAACCUCAAUCUUAUAAAUUAGACAACCAGUGGUUUUGUGCAGUAAUAGAGUAAAAAAACUUGGUCUCUAAAUUAUUUUAAGUGAUAAAA